AUGUCGUCGAUUCCUGAGAGCGUGAGUUUUGUCUCGCCCACAAAGGCGUCUCGUUCUCGCCGCCAGCAGAGUGUGGCCUCCAAAGAUGACAACUCCACCAUCAAGACGGAAGACCAGGGAGCCAAUCGAAUGGAUGUUGACGACGACGAUGACGAAUCAUCAUGGUACUCGAACCUUAGGGACUCUGAGAGCGAGGAAGGUGAAACGCCGGAGAUGGAAGCACUGCGCAAGCAGGUGGCGGAGUUGACAUCGAUCGUCUCUGGCCUGGCUCAAACCAAGUCGUUUGACAGCAGUGAAGGUAGCAAGUCAAACCUUGCCGGCAAUCUGAAGAAGAAGACGAAGCAAGGCAAUGCUUCAAGCAGCUCUAUUGCCGGUGACAGCAAGGCUUCUCGUCGCAGCACUCUCGAGAAGAGAAACGCAAGGUUGGAGGUAGUGGUGGAGCUGGAGCUGGUGGAGAUGAGUAUGCAAAGAAGACCCUCUGAAAUGAGGCCAAUCUGUUGUGGUGGCCAUCCCUCUGUGUUUCUGGUUGUUCAAGUGGCAAAUGGAUGGGUCUGUCAAUGCUGUUGA